CGGCCUCCAGUAGGGGUAAUAUAACUCCGUCUGGUGUUUGAAGUGUGCCAUACUCUGCACACUGCCCUGCACCACUGCCCGGGCUCUCACUCGCUCAGCACACCGUGCCACUUCCGCCGCCGCUUGAAGGAGAGAAAACGAAGGAUGAACAAGAUGCUGGUUCCUGUUUUCACGGCCCUGCUGUACUUCGCAAUGGCGGGCGCCCUCCUGUGCCACGUGUGUGUCAGACAGCAGCCGAACAAGACGUGUCUUGCAGGGAAAAGCAUGUGCAAGGCGGCUCCGGGGGAAUCCUGCUACCUCCAGACACUCCUCCUCGGGAACUUCCCCCUCUAUGCACAGCAGGGCUGCUUCAGAGAUUGCCAGGACCAAGUCGGAGGCACAUUCAUCCAUCACGACUUCCGCUGCUGCACCGAAGACUUCUGCAAUGCCUAGGGGCCAUGGACGCCGCUUCCCUUCCCACUCACUUGGGGGCAGCUGCACUUCUGGAGGAAGUCCACAUUCUCCCCUCCCCCGUCCCUCCUGGUUUCUCUCCUGGUUUCCCCAGUCUGAUUAAAAACCCACCAGAAUCCAAGACCUGCUGUGGCCCAUGCCUGCCCUCUCCUGUCCUCUGGCCCCUCCCCUUCCCAUGGCCCCCUCCCCUUUCACUCCUGUCCUGCCUGCCUGCCCCCUCCCUGUGUCUCGCUGGCCCAGGCCCAGCACUAUGACUCCCUUGGAUAUUGGAUUUGCUGUGGUGCUGUGGGUUAAGGUGACCCCCCCCCAGCUGUUGUUCAGAGCCCCUGCCCCCCUGAGAGCAUUAAGGGGCCCCUUUCCCCUGAUAGGGCUCUGAACAGGGUGGGCAGUUUGCCAGUGGGGAAGGCUCCAGUGCCCUCCUUUGGUGUUUGAGGGAUGGGGCACCGUGCCUGCCAACCAGACAGCCCCGCUCAAUCCCCCCUGCAUCUGCCAGGCUCCCCCGAAUGCCUGGAGCCAGCCCUGAGCCUGGGGCCCAUGUAACCCACACCCCUCAGGGCAGUGCUCCGUGUCCCUCUGGCGGUGGCUGGGCGUCCAGCAGUACCAGCUUCGGUCCCCACUGCCAACAGCCCAGCUAGGGCCAGCAUAUUGUCCACCAUUCCUGAGGACUGAGGGUGGGAC